GCGGGACGUGGCUGACAGGCGGUCGAAUUUGGCUUAUACUCGUGAAUAACAGCAUACCGGCGGUGUUAUCACCAGCACCUUUAUCUUGUACAUGUAUAUGUGCAUAUGUGUCGCUAGUGAACUCGGCAGAUAGUCUCCGCCGUCGUGAGCAUAGAUAUAUAUCUAUGGUCGUGGGUGUCGGUCUGUUUUCUGCUUCCUGUAUUUGAGACGACUGCGGAGCCUUGCAGCGCUCUACGAGACGCGGAGGGGGGGUCCACCUGAUUUGGUGCCCCAGUGUCGCUGCGGGUGGAACCGAGGCGGGCGGGUUGAGCGUACAGCAGAGAGGGGAGCAGUCUCCGCCCACCGGGCGCCGCAGAGCAGCACCUCUUUACAUGGGCUAGCUCCAGCUAACAGCAGCAGGUAGAAGAAAGAUCCUGAAUUAAACCAACCUGCUCGACCCGCACUUUCAUAGAUGCGCCGGAGAAUAAUCCGACUUUUUAGAGGCGUCAUCGUCGGGAUAGGUUUUUCAUAGUUAGUAAAUUGACAUGAUACCAAAAGUACAUUAACUUUGCUAAGGUUAGCUUGCCCAGUAGCUGUAGCCUCCCAGGACUGAUCCUGUUGCUUUUCAGCUCGACUCCUGAACAGGUUUAGGUUUGCUCUUGUUGCUCCUGCUAAGAGGGGGAUAAAUACUUUACUGAGAAGAACAUAGAUUUGCAGCUGCUGAAAUGGCUCCCAAAAAAAGACCCCUUCCCCUGAACAUUACACCCAUCGGGGAAGGACAGGCCACCUCCAACACCCUGGAUGCUGCAUCCGAAGCCAACCUUGAGGCCUUACAAAAGAAACUAGGUGAAUUGGACCUUGAUGAGCAACAAAGGAAACGACUGGAAGCCUUUCUCACCCAGAAAGCCCAGGUUGGGGAGUUGAAGGAUGAAGAUUUUGAUCCCAUAUGUGAGUUGGGUGCUGGAAAUGGAGGAGUGGUCAACAAGGUCCGCCACAAGCCCUCAGGUUUGGUCAUGGCUCGGAAGUUGAUCCACCUGGAAAUUAAACCUGCCAUCAGAAACCAGAUUAUCAGAGAGUUGCAGGUGCUGCAUGAAUGUAAUUCUCCCUAUAUUGUGGGCUUCUACGGCGCCUUUUACAGCGAUGGGGAGAUCAGCAUCUGCAUGGAGCACAUGGAUGGUGGAUCAUUGGACCAGGUUCUCAAGGAAGCUAGAAGAAUCCCUGAAGACAUCCUGGGAAAAGUUAGCAUAGCUGUGUUGAGGGGAUUAGGAUAUCUUCGGGAGAAGCACCAGAUCAUGCACAGAGAUGUCAAGCCCUCGAACAUCCUGGUCAACUCUCGUGGGGAGAUUAAGCUGUGCGACUUUGGUGUGAGCGGCCAGCUCAUAGACUCCAUGGCCAAUUCCUUUGUUGGAACGCGUUCCUACAUGUCGCCGGAGAGACUGCAGGGCACCCACUAUUCUGUUCAGUCUGACGUGUGGAGCAUGGGGUUGUCCCUGGUGGAGCUGGCGAUUGGCCGCUAUCCCAUCCCCCCACCAGACACCAAAGAGCUGGAGUCCAUCUUCGGACGUGCAGCCAUGGAUGGGGCUGAGGGCGAGCCUCACAUCAAUAUACAGAGGCCUCGACCACCUGGCAGGCCUGGCAGCGGACAUGGGAUGGACAGUAGACCAGCCAUGGCUAUCUUUGAACUUUUGGACUACAUUGUAAAUGAGCCGCCACCAAAACUACCAACUGUCUUCAGCACUGACUUCCAGGACUUUGUGACUAAAUGUCUGAUCAAGAACCCAGCUGAGAGGGCAGAUCUAAAGAUGCUGACGAAUCACACGUUCAUCAAGCGAUCAGAAGUGGAGGUAGUGGACUUUGCUGGCUGGUUGUGCAAAACCAUGGGCCUGAACCAGCCCAGCACUCCUACUCGCUGCGCUGAGUGAUGAGGCCGUUCCCCCGCAUUGCCCUGAUACAUCUCUGGGUCUCUCUGCAUACACAUACAUAUACUCUGCAUACAUGCACAAAAGACAUGCAUAUUGGCAAUUUUUUUUUGUUUGUUUUGCAUUUGGGUAGAACAGUUUUGGCUUCUUCUUUUAUUCGGUCACCAGCAGCAGGGCCCAUUGAGUCAUUGUACUGUAAGAUCACAGCUUCACCACAACAGUGUUGACAGCAGCCACAGCGCAUGUUUCCACACGAGAUGUAAAGCACUGAGGGGCUGCUAUUGUGUCAACAAAAUUUGCAUUGACAAACUUAUUUUGUAUUAUUAAAUAUUCUGUAUUGUUUUUCUAUGGCAGUUGGUGGCUUGUGGGGCUAUUUUUGAUUAACCUGCUGUAGAGAUUUGUUGGGCUGAAAAAGAGAGAUAUCUGAAUAAAUCAUCUACUCGCAAAAUUGGUUUAUUGGAGAUUACUUUUGCUAUUUUGAUUAGGAAUAAUACUGUCUCGCAGUGCUAAAAUAAUUUAAGGAGAAAACUUUCAAUUACCUCCCACAUCAUAAUCAAGUUUGUGAGUGGAUUGCAGGCUAAAUGAGGAUGCAAGAAGUUGAUUUCAGGCAAAUGAGCAAUCACUCUGAACAUCAUUAUGUGAAGCGUGUCGCAAACCAAAGAGGGUGCGCAUGACUACUAAAGUUUCUCUGGUUAUUUCAUUUUAUCUUUUUUUUUUUUUUUUUUUAAAUCAUGAGCAGUAUAUCAAUGUACCUUUUCUGAAUGUUCUAAUUUUUCAUUUGGUGACGUUCUGUACGUACUCGUUGUUUGGACUUUGUUCUAUUCAAUAUACAUUUUAGUUCACAUCCAAUGCUGUAUGUCUCACAUGGGAGAAGGCAUAUCCUGUAAAGGCCUCGUAUCUGCCUGAAUGUCUUUUGACAUUAAGAAAACAAAGAUCGAAAUGUAUUCACGGGACGAUAUAGCAUGGUUUAUUAUCUUUCUAAUACUAUGUGUAUUUUGUUUCCCUAAGAUCAUGCUAGGGAUAAGCUAAUGCUUUUAUCAAAAGGCUAAAACUCUGAUGUCAAUUUUCUUUUUCAAUCACAAUGACUCUUUGUGGUAGUUUUCGAUUUUCACUUGAAGCAGAUUUGGUUUUUAAUUUCACCAUAUUGCUACACGUGGCGCGCCAUGCUUUCUCUGAAAACGCAAAUACCCUGGAAGCUUGCUUGAGGGAAAUAUUUGGGUUGAAAUGCCAUUAAAACACCCUUUCUCGUGUUUCAGUACAGUUAAUUUUGGUUUUACUCACAUACUUCAAGUAAAAAACCAAAGGUGGUACAAAGGUCUGAACAUUUUAACUAAGGUCUCUGUUGGUCACGUGAUGGUGUUAACCUGCUAGCCUGCCGUGUUGCUAGAACUAUUGUAUUUUCUCUGCUUAUGGUUGCUUUUCUUAUUCCCCCCAAAAUGUGCAUUUGUUAAAGGCAAAUGAAAGCAUUGUCACCUGUAUGUGUACAAAGCUAUAUACAAAAAUAACAGGAGUACUAUUUUGCAGUCUUAAUAUACAAGUUUUCGAUUUAUGUAAAUGACAAGGAAAAGAGUCAUUCUAUUAUAAAAUGUGUUGGAUAUGGUUAUAAUGUAUAAAAAAGAUUUAAAUAAAACUUAUUUGUGAA